AUGGCAAAACGCGGCAUCGGAGGACAAUGGCCGGAGACAUGGAUUUCUUUGUGUUUGCCACUGCUGGUAGUUAUUUACCCAGAAGGAAUCUCUGCUCAAGUAAGAUAUUCAAUCCAGGAGGAAGUAAAAGCAGGAACAGUAGUUGGAAAUGUCGCCAAGGACCUAGGACUGGAAAUUGGGAGGCUGCUGGAGAGAAACCUCCGUGUGGUGUCAGGAACAAAGCAGGAGCAAUUCAAGGUAAACCAGAAAGACGGUGUUCUAUCUGUCCACCAGAGAUUAGACCGGGAGGACCUGUGUGGGAACAGCGUGCCAUGCAUCGCUAAUCUCAAAGUUGUUGUAGAAAACCCUCUGGAGAUGCAUCAAAUCCUUGUUGAGGUCCUGGAUGUGAAUGAUAACUCGCCGAGAUUCCUUGACGAGAAUUGCACUUUAGAGGUGCUGGAAUCGGCUGUGGUUGGAUCCAAACUCCAAGUGGAGGGAGCCCAAGACUUGGAUGUUGGCUUGAAUUCUGUCCAGAUCUACAGGCUAAACCACAACCCGUUUUUUCAUCUUGAAACUGAAGACUUUGGUGAGGAGGGGAAGCUGCCUUUUCUUGUGCUACAGCGGCCUUUGGAUAGAGAAAACGCAGCACGGCACCAAUUAGUGUUAACAGCCACAGAUGGGGGCAAACCAUCUAAAACAGGUACGAUUAACAUCACCGUUAUUAUAUCUGACGUAAAUGAUAACGCACCAGUAUGUGAACAUCAGAAAUACUCCAUCAAUGUGAAGGAAAAUGCACCAGUGGGGACUUAUUUGCUGACAGUGAAAGCGUCAGACUCAGAUGAGGGAUUGAACGGUGAGAUUGAAUAUUCUUUACGGAGCAAAUUAAGAGGAUUCUCCAGCAUGCCGUUUGAGUUGAAUAAAAAAACUGGAGAACUAACAGUAAAAGAAGAUCUCGAUUUUGAGGAGAGACAAGUCUAUGAGAUAAAGGUACUGGCUGCGGACAAAGGUGUGGUGUCGCUGUCCACACAAUGCAACGUGGUAGUCCGAGUGGAGGAUGUGAACGACAACCGGCCCAAAAUAGACAUCACCUCAUUGGUGAGUCGUAUUGCAGAGGACGCCCCCCUUGGUACAGUGGUGGCGCUGGUGGGCGUUCACGAUAUGGAUGCAGGUGUGAAUGGACAGGUGAUCUGCAGCCUGCCAGAAAACUUGCCCUUUGCCCUCAAGUCGUCUCCAGAUGGACAAUCAUACUCUCUUGUCACAAAGGACUAUUUAGACAAAGAGAGGGAACAUGUGUAUGAUAUAACGAUAACAGCAAAAGAUUUAGGGACACCCCCUAUGUCCUCGACUCAGGUCAUUCGUGUAGCUGUACUGGAUGUGAAUGAUAAUAGGCCUUUAUUCACUGAAAGCCCAUAUACAUUUUAUGUGCUGGAAAACAACAAAGCAGGAGUGUCUUUGUUUUCUGUAAGCGCCAACGAUGAAGAUGGGGAAGAAAAUGCAGCUCUGACAUACUCACUCCAACGGAAAAGGGAAAGUGUGACAUCAUUUUUGAACAUUCAUGAGGGCACUGGUACAAUUUCAGCUUUAAAAAGUUUUGACUUUGAGAUGUUAAAAAGUUUCCAGUUCCAAGUGGUGGCCAGAGAUGGUGGAAGCCCUCCACUGAGCAGCAACGUGACAGUCAAGGUGUUCAUUCUGGAUCAGAACGAUAACGCUCCAGUCAUCCUGUAUCCAGUCAGCUCCAACGGUUCUGCCCAAGGUGUGGAGGAGAUUCCCCGCAACAUCAAAGCGGGAGACUUGGUGACCAAAGUUCGAGCCUACGACGCCGACAUCGGCUAUAACGGCUGGUUGCUCUUUUCGCUGCAGCGAGUCAGCGACCACAGUCUGUUUUCUUUGGACCGCUACACGGGCCAGAUCAGAACACUUCGCUCCUUAACGGAGACGGACGAGGCUGAGCAUCGCCUGGUCGUCCUGGUCAAAGACAACGGCAACGUGUCGCUCUCGGCGACGGCUACGGUGACCGUCAAACUCGUGGAGCCCAAAGAGGCUUUUGCGGCUUCCGACGUGAAAAGUGCGGCCACGGUGGAUGAGGAGGACAACGUGACUUUUUACCUGAUGAUCACUUUGGGCUCAGUGUCGCUCCUUUUUGUCAUCAGCAUCAUUGUGCUGAUCGCCAUGCAGUGCUCCAAAUCCACCGAGUACACUUCCAAAUAUCUGCAAGAAACCAAUUAUGAUGGCACGCUGUGUCACAGCAUCCAGUACAGAUCGGGAGACAAACGCUACAUGUUAGUUGGACCUAGAAUGAGUAUCGGCUCCACCAUAGUCCCGGGCAACCACGCCAACACGCUGGUGCUCCCUGACAGGAGACACACUUCUGGCGAGGUAAGAAACAAAUAUUUUUUACUCUGGUGA